AUGCUGGCCACGAUACACAGCGUGGAUGUUGCGCUGGAACUGUGGUGCUGGUCUUAUACAUUGCUCGGCGCCAACGACCUGCACUGGCCCUCGCUCAACCGCAUGGGGUUUGCCGACUUCUUCAUUGACCUCAUCAAAGUCAAGUUGCUCACGAUCCAGAACCACACGUUCAGCUUGCUCAUG